AGGAGCACGAAGAGGAGCGGCCCGAGGAGGAGCAGCAGUGGCAGGAGCACUGCGGGGCUCCACGGCGAGCCCGCUGAGCCCGCAGCUCGGCUGGCCCCGGCAGCAUCGCAUUGCCCUGCGUGCCGCGGCAAGCAGCGCUGGGUGGUCGGGGAGUCACCGCUCCACUCACGGCACACACCACUUACAAGUUCGGAUUUCCCAUUCCCAGACCUUAUCUGGAUAGAGGAGAAGGCUGCGAGGAAGCAGAAUAUGCUCCAGGACACUGAGGCAGACAAGGAGCUGAAGAUGGAGAGCAGGGAGGACAAAUUCCCACGGCAGAACCUUAUGGACGAGGCCGUUUUGAGCGGCUCCACAGCACGGGAACCUAAUGGGGCUGAAAAGCCUCGGAGAUCCCUCAGGAGGAGGGGCUCCAAACCCAGCCCAGGAUAUGCUGAGGGAGAAAGACCCAGCCUGUGCCAGGAAGGCAGCCAGAGAUCUGGCCAGAGCUCUGAGGUGCUGGUCAAUGAGCAGCUUAAUGAUGGCAAGAAGACCCACCAGUGCUUGGAAUGUGGGAAGAGUUUUCCGGCGAGCUCCUGCCUGAUCAUCCACCAGAGGAUCCACACCGGGGAACGGCCCUACGAGUGUGGGGAAUGUGGGAAGAGCUUCAGGAUCAGCCACCACCUGAUGAACCACCAGAGGAUCCACACGGGGGAACGGCCCUACGAGUGUGGGGAAUGUGGGAAGAGGUUCCAGACCAGCUCCCACCUGAUCACCCACCGAAGGAUCCACACUGGGGAAUGGCCCCACGAGUGUGGGGAAUGUGGACAGAGGUUCAGGAUCAGCUCCCACCUGAUCGCCCACCAGAGGAUCCACACCGGGGAACGGCCCCACAAGUGUGAGGAAUGUGGGAAGAGGUUCAGGAUCAGCUCCCACCUGAUCGUCCACCAGACGACCCACACCAAUGAACGGCCCUAUAAAUGUGGAGAAUGUGGGAAAGGCUUCAGGAGGAGCUCCAGCCUGAAACUCCACCAGAUGACCCACACUGGGAUACGCCCCUAUGUGUGUGGGGAGUGUGGGAAGGGCUUCCGUGACAGCUCUCGCCUGAUCAUCCACCAGACAAUGCACACUGGGGAAUGCCCCUACACGUGCUUUGAAUGUGGGAAGACCUUCAUUGAGAACUCCAGGCUGAUUAUGCACCAGAGGAUCCACACUGGGGAGAGGCCCUACAAGUGCGGGGAAUGUGGGAAAAGCUUCAGCCAGAGCUCCACCCUAAAUGCCCACCAGAGGAUCCACACUGGGGAGAGGCCCUACAAGUGCGGGGAAUGUGGGAAAAGCUUCAGCCAGAGCUCCACCCUAAAUGCCCACCAGAGGAUCCACACUGGGGAGAAGCACUAUGAGUGUCCUGAGUGUGGGGAGAGGUUUCAGAGCAGAUACCGUCUCCUCAAGCAUCAGCAGAUUCACACAGAAUAGAGGCCCUUCCGCUGCCCCGACUGCGGGAGAGGCUUUAAGAGAAACUCCACUCUCAUCACCCACCAUCAGAUCCACGCUGGGGAGAGGCCCUAACAGAGUCCCAAGUGUGGGAAGCGCUUCUCCCAGAACUCUACUGUGACCCAGCACCAAGGGAGGCAGCAGUAAGGGAAGCCCUACAAGUGCCCCGUGUGCGGGAAGAGCUUUGAGCGCUGCUCCAACUCCAUCCCCCACUGGAGGACCCCCAUUGGAUGGUCCACGAUGACCCUCGUUGGGCUGAGACUUGGUGAUCCAUGGUCCUGGUGAUCCAUGUUGGGAAGAAACCUGGCUGGUGGUCUGCACAUCUUCCUGGCUCCCCUUGGGCACUUGGGAUACAGCCAGAGAAAAAUCCAUUGGGAUGCAAACCGAAUUCAGAAUUUCAUAGGGGACAGCACAGUUUUUUACUUUCAACCCCAAAAAAAUCUCACCUUUUGCAUCCAAUCAUUUCUUCAGGUGGCAUCAAGGAAUACUGGAUGGUGUUGGAGGUCUUUUCCAAUCAAAAUCAUUCUAUGAUUCUAAUUCUCUCUGGCCCAUAGGCAUUUUUCACAGCCAAAUGGUGAUUGACUGGAGCAAAAACAAGAUUUUGGAGACAGUGGAGUGGAAAUUCCUCUGGAAAAGGUUCUACUCACCCAGACACAUGGAUACUCAGCCAGCAUGGACACGUAAAUUCUUUUAUUUUGGCUUUCAUUUUCCUUCAUUUUUCUUCAUCCCUUCACUCAAACAUUGGGGU